GAAGAAGACCACAGUUGUGAUGCUGGCACUCUGCUGCUUUCUAUGUGAAGCAGAGAUUAAUGACAAAGUGAGUCAGAAUGUAGGUUCAGCUUGCUGCUCUGACACCUGCUCUGUCGUCUCAGUAGCGCAGACCCUAGGAGCUGUGGGAGAGAAAGUGUCGAGCAUGAUGGAUAAAAUUACACUCCUGGAGACCAAGGUGCAAAAAACAGAGACUCAAGUGCUGGAGCUGCAGAGUCUCAAUGGGGGUGUGCCUAAGGUGGCCUUUUCUGCAUCUCUCCUGAAGUCUGGCUCAGGAAACACAGGACCUUUCAACACUGCUACUGCACUUAAGUACAAGAAUGUCUUCUCCAACAUUGGCAGCAGCUACAGCCCUGAAACAGGAAUUUUCACCGCAUUGGUGAAAGGAGUGUACUUCUUCCGAUUCUCAAUGCUCAACAACCUCAAGGCCCCUCCCAACUCUGUUGUGAGCCUCAUGAAGAACGGUGUGAGGCUGGUGUCUGUGUGGGACACCGUAGGGUCUGACGCCCACGACAUGGGCAGCAACGCUGUGGUCAUUUCCUUGAAGGUGGGAGACCAAGUGUAUGCAGAGCUUGCGGCAAACAGGAUGAUCCAUGAUGAUACCAUGAACUACAACACCUUCAGCGGUUUUCUGCUCUUCACCACGUGAUUCAAGCAAUAUGAGUUAAAGUCUGGGUCAGUCUUCAUGCUUUGAAAAAGAGAUAUCUCACUUUAUUCAUGCUAAGGUAGGAAAGGGAAUCUGUUUACUAUAUAAUCUGCUUGCCAUGAUGUUAUAGCAUUAGUCACACAUUAAUAAAAUGUGAGCUGUAGAUGUUAGGGUGUGCAAACUGCUCUGUAACAUUGCAAA